GACUGUCAAAAAUAUUCGCGACAGCCACGCGAACUCGUGCUUUUGCAAAAAGUAUUGAAAUGUCGGGGAGACCGCCCAAAAUGCUAUAUGCACUGAGAGGCACUGAGCGACAAGACCUCGAACGUCUGGACAGCGACUUGCCCUUCAGGACCAAAUCCGUGAUUAACAUGAUGUACUUUUGCUGGGACGUAACCCCCAUGAAGGACCGGCUGACUGACGCGCAGAAGUCCCUCCCGGCCCUCGUACCCUACCAGCCUACCGACAUCCACCGCCUGCUGCCGCCGGCCUUCUCGGCUGCGGUACUGUCUGAGGGUACCGUAUUUGUCGACUGGGAUCCGCACAAACUUUCUGAACCCAACAUGAAGAAGUUAGUAGAAGCGGGCUGCUACAUCCUUGUCGACUCGAAUGUACCGGCCGCCAAGAGUCUUAGUUUCGGCGGGAGUUACAUGACUCCCCGGGGCAGGGUGUAUCACAUAGACAUACACUGUAAGGACGAGGGUUUAUGUAAGGCUCACAUCAUAAACCACGUGAAGAACGCCUGUAGCCAGUAUACAGGCAUGAUAACCUUCUGUGUCAUGGUGAUUGACAAGGGGUUAAAGGAUGUAGUGAUGGAGUUUUGCGUCCAGUAUCUGUAUUUCAAACACCUUCCACAUGACCAUACGUAUUUUUGUAAGGACCUUGAUAUUGUAGAAGCUUUCCGAACUUCCAUAAUGGCAAAACCUGUCCCUAAGUCCAAAUACUGAGGACAUAACUCAAACGACUAGUGGUUUACACAUGACUGGAUUAUUUGAACUACUAGUAUUUGACUAUUGAAUGGCGACUUGGGAAUUUGUCCUGAUACGUAUAACGCUAACUAAUACAUGAAUAUUAUAUGGAAAUCUACUUUUUCAUGAGAAAAUUAAAUGGGAAAUUUAAUGCUUAAUGCAUGAAAAUCACUGUUUUAACUCUAGAAACAUUAAAGGUAACUACUGCAUAGAAAAUAUUUUCAAAACCUUGUGGAGAAGUAAUUUCGGGAUCUCUUUGAAUUGAGCUUGCUAUUAUUAUUAUUUUUUUUUUGAAGCAUAACAAUGGUAUGGAAUUUACCCAAAAGACCGGCUUGAGUGUAACUAUGGCUGUACAUGUACUAGCAUGCUAGUGUUAUAUUGUAAUAGUGGUCUACCGUUCUGUGUUGGAAGAAAAGCCUCAUGAAUAGGAGGAAUAAUAAGCACCGUUAUUUCAUGCAUAAGGUCCAUCUUUGAGACAAUUGCAAGCUGUUGAUACACCUUAAUCUAGGGGUGGGUACCGCGGUACAGAAAAUUCAGGUACAGGUACGGUCCAGGUCCAGAGGAUGAGGUACAGGCGUGGACCUAUCUGAACCUUAAUACCUGAACUGAGAAAACUUAUGAAUGGGUGAUACUCAAAACAAUGGUCCAUUUCGCUAGAGAGGAAUCUGGGAUUCACUACAGAGGAAUCUAUCUUCACGCAAACAACGCUAACUGCACCUGUUGUGUGUUGGUUCGAAUAAAGUUCCUAUACGGGGAA